AUGGGUGGCUUCAAGGCUGUCGAGGAUCGGCCCACGCCGAAGGAGGUGUACAACUGGAAACUUUACAUCGAGGCAGGAAUCAUCGCCAUGGGAUCUUUCCUUUUUGGCUACGAUUCAGCGUUCAUCGGAACCACGAUUGCCCGCAGCAGUUUCAAGAGAGACUUUGGGAUCAACUCUGGAAACUCGAAUAACAUCUCGAGCAAUAUCACAUCAGCUUUUCAAGCCGGAGCCUUGGGCGGCGCAGUUCUUUGCUUCUUCAUUACUGAACGCUUGGGUAGAAAGUGGACUCUCCAGGCUAAUGUUGUUAUCUUCCUCGUUGGCGCUAUUUUGAUGACUGCCGCCACAAACCAGUUGUCCUUCAUCUACGCGGGUCGCGCCCUUACUGGCAUCGGCUGUGGUGGUAUCACAGCUACGGUCCCGUCCUACAUCGGAGAAUUAUCGAUCCCCUCCAUCCGCGGUAUCCUCACCGGUCUCUUCGAAGUCGCAUACCAGAUUGGCAGUGUCAUUGGUUUCUGGAUCAACUACGGCAUUACGCAAACCAUCGACCCGAGCCUGCCUGUUAGCUGGAGAAUCCCAAUGGCAUUCCAACUCGUCCCCGCCGGCAUCCUCUUCGUCGGAGUCUUCUUCAUUCACGAGAGCCCCCUCUGGCUUCUGCGUAAGAACAAGACGGAACGCGCCCACAAGGUUCUCGAGGGUCUCAGGGGACUGCCGAUCGACCACAAGUACAUGCAAGAAGAACUCGACCAAUUCCAGAAGAAACUCGACGAAGAAAGAGCCGUUUCAUUGCAGUACGGAACCGGACAAUGGGCAUACCUCCGCGGCGUCGCCAACAUGCUGGCCCGCAAGGGCAUGUGGAAUCGCCUUGUCCUCGUCUUCUGUGCCUUCGCUCUUAACAACCUUUCCGGAGCUGCCGCUAUUAACUAUUACUCACCCACGCUUUUCACAUCGAUCGGCAUCACUGAUGUUUCUCUAUACACCGGUAUCUACGGACUGAUCAAGGCCAUUGCAUCUAUUAUUUACUUUAUCUUCCUCAUCGACCUCCUCGGAAGACGUUGGCCUGCCAUCGUCUCCUCAUUCAUCUGCUCGAUGUGCCUCUUCAUUGUUGGUGCAUACGUGAAGAUUGGUCACCCUGCCGACAUUAUCGCCGCCGGAAAGGAGCUAUCUGCCUCUACCGCGGCUGGUGGUAAGGCAGCUACUGGCAUGAUCAUGAUCUACUCUAUCUGCUGGUCUUUCGGCUUGAACGGUAUUCCUUGGAUUGUCAGUGCCGAAAUCUUCCCCGGUGCCCUUCGCAACUUCACCGGCACCUAUGCUGCUCUCGUUGUCUGGGCUACUCAAUUCGCCAUCACCAAGGCCAUGCCCUACAUUUUCAGCUCUUUCGGCUACGGAACUUGGUUCUUCUUCGCUUCGUGGAUGAUCAUCGCCACCUUGUGGGGCUACUUCUUCUUGCCAGAGACCAAGGGUCUUACCAUGGACCAAAUGGAUGUCAUCUUCGGCUAUGCUCAUGAUGCUCGCCCUGAACCUUCAACUAAGUUUGUCGACGCCACAUUCGAUGACAACAAGGCGAAGUCGAGCGAACACACGGAGGCUGUUUAG